CUUUAGUCGCGACGAUACGUUUAAAAGCUAGAAUUCACGGCCUUUCUAAGCUGGCAUAAUAAUCUUCUUCGUUGCGCAAACGAAAAAAGAAAGAAAGCGGUGCCUCAUAGGGCGUUCGAAAGUGGCGCGUUAAUCAAGUGUCACGUGAUAGGUAGUUGAUUAAUAUUGGAGAUCCGUCAUGGUCGAUCGCGUGUGACAAAAAUCGUCAAAGGUGUUUACGACUUCGCAAAGGUUACUGUAAAAUCUUAUACCAAACGCUAUAAAACAAGGGAACGUAAAAAUAAUUUAAAAAUUAUUGAGACAUUAAAACUAUUAAAGUGUUGAAUAUGUGCGUGACACCAUGAAAUGUUUGAUUUGUGUAAAAUGUGUUGCUUCGACGCGGAAACGUUUAGACUGACAAAUUAUUGAAAAUAUGCGAUAAAAUCCAUGAUUCAGCACGAAGUUACUAAAACUAUUCGAGAAAAAAAGAUGUUGCAUGGGUAAUAAACAUGGUGGGAGAUAAACAGAGACGUCGAAGUGUGAGCGAAAUGCUCGAUUGGCGAUGUGUCGUCAGGAAUAAAGGGGACGAUAUGGACGAUACAUGCAUGAACGUGCCCUUCCUCGAGGACUACGACAAGGAUACGAAAAUGCGUCGCAGGAAACGUUCCGGUACUUGGCCGAGAACUAGAAGUCUAAAUGCACCUAGUCCCAUACAACAAUUUGGGCCAUGCGGGCGCAUCAUGAAAAAUUCAGCAAUGAUCAUGACCAUUCAGGAUCCAGCCUCUCAGAGGUUGACGUGGUAUAAACCUCCACUUACUGUUCUAGUCAUCAAGAAGGUCCGUGAUAACUCGGUAUUGCCACCGUUUGUACAAUUAGUUACAUGGCUAAUAGAAGAAAAACGAAUGGUUGUGUUCGUCGAGGCGUCUGUUCUGGAAGAUCCAGCCUUAGCUAGGGACCUUAGAUUUCAGGCGGUUCGAGAUAGGCUACAAACUUUCAGAGAUGGCACGGAUGACCUUCAGGAUCGUAUCGACUUCAUCGUGUGCCUGGGAGGCGAUGGAACUCUUUUAUACGCCAGUUUAUUAUUUCAACAAUCCGUACCACCAGUCAUGGCAUUUCACCUUGGGUCAUUAGGAUUUCUCACCCCUUUUGAGUUCGAUAAUUUCCAGGAGCAAGUAACAAAUGUACUAGAAGGCCACGCGGCCUUGACCUUGAGGAGCAGGCUGCGAUGUAUCAUCAUGAGGAAAGGAGAAGAAGAUAAGGAGGCGAAGCCACCAACGAAUUUGCUGGUGCUGAACGAGGUCGUGGUGGAUCGAGGCCCGUCCCCAUACCUCUCGAACAUCGACCUCUUCAUCGACGGAAAACACGUCACCAGUGUGCAGGGUGAUGGCCUGAUCGUGAGCACGCCGACUGGGUCGACUGCGUACGCUGUUGCGGCUGGAGCCAGCAUGAUUCAUCCUUCAGUACCUGCGAUUAUGAUCACUCCGAUCUGCCCUCACUCUUUGUCCUUCAGACCAAUCGUUGUGCCCGCCGGCGUCGAGUUGAAGAUAAUGGCUAACAGCAGGGACUGUAGCACAGCUUACGUCUCCUUUGAUGGUCGCAAUCAACAAGAGCUACGUUAUGGGGACAGUCUUAGAGUAACCACAUCCAUCUACCCAGUGCCCAGCAUUUGCGCUGCGGACCAAAUUACUGACUGGUUCGAUUCAUUGGCAGAGUGCUUGCAUUGGAAUGUACGCAAGAAGCAGAAACAUUUGGACGAACUAAGUGAUUUGACUCAUUCAUCCAGUAAUGACACUUUGGACUCUCUAGAUCGCGACAGCUAGGCCAGGCAAGAAAGUCACAAUGCACUGCCUUUAAACCAGAUCCUAAAAGAUCAUUAUGAUUUAUCAGUAAGGACUGGUCUCAAAGAACUUCAAUGACUCGCUGCAUGAUACAUGAAAAGAACAAGCCUAACCUGUGUUCAUUUUAUCAUAAGAAUAGAGGAGAAUGAACUCGUCUAGUAGUCGCUGAAGAAACUGAGAAGAAAUAGUACAUACCCUCUAAGCGUCAUUAGUGGUGCAUAAAUUCAUGGUACACCGCAACUCAAAGCUACCAAAAGAACCUAAUAGUAUUUGGAUGCGUCGUAAAAAACAGUGGAUUAGCUAUGUUGCAGAAUUGCAAAUUCUUCAAGUCGGAUUCGUUUUUACGAGAUAAAGGAUCAUCAAGAAUUUAAAUAUAAUCUAUAAUUAAUGCAUCAAAAAGCCCAACAAGAGUGUUUUCCUAUAUUUCCAACGCAUAAUUCUACGCUCUACGACGACGUUCUAAUCCGCGAAAUCAUUUCGGAAUGGAUCUUUAUUUCCUUUCUUUUCUUCUUCCUUCUGUUUUUCUUCUUAUUGAAUUAAUAGAUUUUUAUUAACAUAGACAAAAUUGAAAAUAAAGGUAAAAAACGCAAGGACUAUUGUCGUUAGUGAUACUAGUAGUAAAAAAUUAUUUAAGAAGUGAUUACAUCAAAGCUAUUGAAUUGAUUUGUGAAAAAAGCAUAGUUAAUAUAAUUAUUAAUAUUCCUUAUAAGUAAACAAUAUUAAAGAAAAAGGUUAUGAAAGACACCUCACAUCAUACAUAUAUAAUUAUUUAUUUUUCAUUAGUUUUGGUGCAUUUUAAUAAGUUUAUGUUUCCUAUAUGGAUUCAUAUUCUGUUAAUGUUAUCAAACUGGUUCCGUUAACUGCAGCAAAGAGCACAUAAGCGAGAAUCAACUAAAGAUAUUGUUGUUGAUAAGUUUUGUGUUCUUACAACGAAUAUGAUCCGGUUAAGGAUCAUUUUUUUGUAAAUGUUGAAUGUACUUUUCCUAUAAAUGAAAAUUUUUAAUAAAGACAUUUUUGUACU